AUGAAUGAACACACUAAAGGAUUGUCCUCUGCGCUUCUGCAAAUGAAAUUUAUGCAAAGGACAAGAAUUCGUUUAGAAGAGGAAGCCAAGAGAAAGAACGAACAGAAAUUGCAGAAACGUUUUUUGAAUAAAGGUGAAAAGAAACUGUCAGAAAAGUUGGAAGAAGUAACUGAACCAACUGUAAAAUCCGAAAAUAGGUAUGAUGUGUUGGAAAACCUUUCAUUUGGACGGAUGUCUUUCAAAGGUUUCAAUCCUGAAGUUGAGAAACUUAUGAAAUAUUAUGAAAAUGUGAAAGGCAAUAAAGUGCUUGAUGAAGCCGGCUUUGAUAGCGGACAGGAUAUCACGGAUUACGAAUUAGCAACAUCAAUAUUCAGCGUAAAAACAAAAAGAAGCGGAAAAUGUCAGAAGAAGCAUGAGAUGGAUGAAAGAAAUUUAACCGAUGAAAUUAAUGAACAACUAGCAAAGCGGAAACGGCGAAACGAUGGCCUAAACCUGAAUUAG